AUGGUCGUACGCAAUGCUCAAGUUGUAUAUGCCAACGUUCCUGAUGGUGAAAAGAACCGUGUUGGUCCAAAUGAUCUCCAAGUAAACGAGGCAACCAUUGAUCUUGACGCUCCACUGAAGGAGGGCGAGUUCAUUAUCAAGCAACUUGCUCUAUCCAUGGAUCCUUAUAUCCGCGCACGUAUGCGAGAUCCUGCCAUCAAGACCGCCAUACCUGCAUAUGAUCUGGGCAAACCUAUCGUGGGCGACUGUAUGAGCGUCUGUGUCAAAUCGAACAAUUCUGACUACAAGGAAGGCGAUAUCGUAAAUGCGGGUUUCGGUGGUGGUGUAUUUGAAGAGUACACCUUGGUAACCAAGGACCUGGAAGCAAACUACGUCAAACGGAACGAGGCCAAAGAAACCGGUUUGCCUAUCGGCCAUUACCUGGGUGUCCUUGGCAUGCCAGGUAUGACAGCUUACGUUGGAAUGAUGACCAUUGCAAAGCCAAAGGCGGGAGAAACCAUGUAUGUGUCUACUGCGUCUGGUGCAGUUGGAUUGCUUGCUGCUCAGAUGGGCAAGGUUCUCGGCUUGCGCGUCGUUGGCUCGGCCGGCUCGGAUGAAAAGGUCGACUACCUUUUGAAAGAGAUCGGUCUCGAUGGCGCAUUCAAUUACAAGAAGUGUGAUAUUGAUGCCACCCUCAGCGAGCUCUGCCCCAAUGGAAUUGAUAUUUACUUUGACAACGUCGGCGGCAAGACCCUCGAUGUCGUUCUCAACCAUGCUAACCGACAUGGAAGAAUCGUGGCAUGUGGUAUGAUUUCGCAAUACAACGCUAAACCUGAUGGUCUCUACAACAUGGAAAACAUUGUGAUGAAGAGCUUGACAAUCAAGGCCUACCUUGUUUACGACUACCCAGAACUCGAAGAACCUUUCAGAAAAGAUGUCACCCAGUGGCUAUUGGAUGGCAAGAUCAAGUAUCGUGAAUCCGUAGCCGACGGGAUCGAUAAGGUCUCUCAAGCAUUAAACGACCUUUUGUCCGGAAACAACAUUGGCAAGCAAAUUGUGAAAGUUGCUAGUUUGUAAAUAACGUUGAAUACAAUUUAUAUGUACUUUUGCAAGAGUC